AUGAAUGAAGUAGGCACCCCAAUGAGGGCAAACGCUGUGUUGGAAAGCGGCUUACCUGGACUCCUGGCGCAUCAUGAUGGUGAAGUGUUGGAAGUGAUCCCUCGGAAGUUGAUUCGGCGCUCAGAGCAUGCGCGGGGCCGCGUGCAUAUUGGUGUGAAGUCUGAUGUUUGGUCAUUAGGUUGCAUCUUGUAUAAUCUGGUAUAUGGCCGUACACCCUUCCAGCAUAUAAGCAACCCCCUGCAAAAGCUGUCGGCAAUCUCUGAUCCUAAUACGAAAGUAAACUUCCCCGAAAUUGAGAAUAAAAUGUUGUUAGAGGUGUUGCAGCUGUGCUUGCAAUUUGAUCAGCGAAAACGUCCUAGCAUCUCAGAGUUGUUAAACACCCGUAUCUAA